AUGCCACAUGAAGAUCGCGAACCAGAUGAAUUAUUUGAAAUUCGAACAAAUUUCUAUACAGGCAAUUAUCAACAAACGAUUAAUGAGGCAACAAAACUCAAAGUUCCACAAAAUUUACAAACAGAAAAAGAUUUAUUCAUGUAUCGUUCAUAUAUAGCUCAGAAAAAAUAUGGUGUUGUACUAGAUGACAUUCGUCCAUCAACAUCUCAAGAGGAGUUAGUUGCUGUUCGACUACUAGCUGAAUUUAUGGCAAGUGAAUCUAAACGUGACAAUAUUUUACAUGAUCUUGAUAGUAAAAUGGGUGGCAAUGUUAAAAAUUCAUUUUGUUUACUUGUAACUGCUUAUAUGUAUUAUCUUAGUGAAAACUAUGAAACUACCCUUAAGGUUUUACAUAAUGCUGAUUCAUUGGAAUGUUGUGCAUUAACUAUACAAGCAUUAUUAAAAAUGGAUCGUCUUGAUUUAGCUAAGAAAGAAUUAAAACGAAUGACAGAUAUAGAUGAAGAUUCGGUAUUAACUCAAUUAGCAACCGCUUGGAUUAACAUCGCUAUAGGUUCAGAAAAAUUACAAGAAGCUUAUUAUAUAUUUCAAGAAUUAUCUGAUAAACAUACAGUUACACCACUCCUUUUAAAUGGACAAGCUGUUUGCUAUAUGGCACAAGGAAAAUAUGAGGAUGCGCAAACCGCACUUCAAGAAGCACUUGAUCGAGAUAGCAACGAUCCUCAAACAUUAAUUAAUUUAAUUGUACUUUCUCAAUUAACAGCUAAACCAACUGAGGUUUCAAAUCGUUAUAUAUCUCAAAUGAAAGACUCACAUGCAAAUCAUCCAUUUGUUCGAGAUUUAGCUAACAAAGCUAAUGAACUUGAUCGUCUUGUUCGUAAUUAUCAACCAUCUGUAUCGUCUUAA